AUGGUAAAUGAUAAAAAGCUUAUUCACAUUGUGAUAGAAGAGAAGGUAACUAUAGCAAGUGGUUCAUCAAAUGUGACUAUAUGCAACAACCACCAGCAGCGUCACAUGAUCUUCAACUGGGUGCACAGGACGUUCCAUCAUGGUGCUCUGAAGGAUGGGUUUGAUUCCAACGUGAGAAAGGCUGAGCCUGAUGUUAUCAAAUGGGAUGAUCAAGCUUCACUGAAAGAAGUUGCUCUUGCUGAUGUCCAUGGUGGUUGGAAAGAUGGCUUUCUAACCAUUGGCACUUUUGGUUGUUAUGGUCCCUUCAAGUGCUCCAACCAACACAAAGAUUACUUGGCUUUGGAAAGCGAUGAAGAUGAAGCAGAGCAACAUGAUGCUGAUGAGGAAGAAAACAAGUACAGUGAUUGUGAGCAUGAGGAAAUGAAACCACUUAUUGGCACCAAGUUUGAGAACAACGUUGAAGAUGUUGGAAACGAGAAACCUAAUCUGGCCAAUGCUGCCCAAGGGGGAGCUCUUGUGAUUCCGACACCAACUUUGGAUUCUGAUGAUGUCAUAGAAUGUAUCCAUGUGGGGACUGAUCAGAAGGAGAAGAAGAAAGGUGAAAGAAUCACUCUAGCUGACCUUUUCUUGGCUGAUUCUGGGAAAAUAAUAAAACAUGACGCUGCAAAAGUCUUGCUGGAUGAUCAGACAAGUGAUGAUAAACAAAGCCUUAAAGCCAAACAAUACGGACGCCCUGCAUUUGCCAAGAAGCUCAUAGCUCGCGUCAAUAAGGACAAUCCACACCCAAUUAAAAAUAUACAGAGAAUGAUGAAGAAGAUGAUAAAGAAGAAAAUCCAUCCUGAGGUUGAUGUUAAGAAUCAGAAAUCAGGAGCCCAGAAACCUAGUGCAAGUGAAAUCUGUGACAAUCACAAGACUGAAGGCACUAGCGGUUGAUCUCUAAUCUGAAGUCUGUUGAUUAGCUACAAUUGUAUUUAUAUUUUAUUUUUGAUAAUGUAAGGACAUAUGCUAAUCAGGUUAAUUUUUGUUGGCGUAUUUUAUGAACAAAGCAUGUGAUUGUGUUGUCUGAUACCUCUAAUUUGUUUGUGUUGAAUUUUAUUACUUUGACUUAAA